AUGUCAAGUGAGGAAGCUCAAAAACCUGUCGCCGUGGAAGACAAACAAGUAGAAAUCGAGCAGAAAUCAGCCCCUGCUGGAAAGGACACGAACGGUACUGCCAAGCCGGACGAACCUGUACCAGUCGUAGAUGAUGAUCAAGAUGAAGAAGAAGACGAUGAAGAAUAUGAUGUAGAGGACGACGAGGAUGACGAAGAAGAAUAUGGUGAAGAGGAUGAUGAUGAGGAGGAGUAUGAUGAAGAUGAAGAUGAAGAAGAAGAAGAAGGAGAGGAGAUUGAUCAUGUGGAUGUAUUGAAGAAGUUCUACGAAAACGAACAACCUGAUGAAGAUUCUGAAGACGAUGAGGCUACGCCAGCCGCCGACGAAGAACAACCCGCUGAGCCCGCUCCAGCUGUAGCUGCCGGAACGAAACGUAAAGCCGAUGAACCUGUUGAAGGAGAAGAGGAGAACAAGAAAGUGAAAGCAUAA